AUGUCCGUCUUUAAGUCUGGUUCUAAAGCUCUUAUCACCGGCGGUGCUUCUGGAAUUGGUCUUGCGGUCGCGCAACUAUGCUUGAAGCAUGGAAUGCGUGUUGCCGUUGUUGACUUCAACAAAGAGACGCUUGAUCUUGCGCAGAAGAGUCUGAAGGGCGACGUGCAGUACUUGCAGGCGGAUGUUAGUCAAGAGCAGGAGUGGAAGGGUAUUCAAGAGAAGGUUGAGGACGUUGACUUCCUCCUACUGAACGCGGGAAUUGGGGCUAGAGGCACGUGGGGAGACUCAGAGUACUUCUCGAAGAUCUUCUCCACCAACCUUUUCGGCGUUGUCAAUGGCCUAAACACUUAUGUACCAACCUUCCAAUCUCGCAGCAAUGCUUCCCCCGCUACUAUCGUCAUCACCGGUAGCAAGCAAGGUAUCACGAACCCACCAGGCAACCCUGCAUAUAAUGCCAGCAAAGCCGCGGUCAAGUCGCUCGCCGAGCAUCUGAGCUGGGACCUUAGAGAGAACAAGGACGUCAGCGUGCACUUGCUUGUUCCGGGAUGGACGUUCACGGGGCUGUCCGGCAACGUCCCCGGUGCGUCCAAGGAGAAGCCGCCCGGCGCUUGGUCCCCCGAGCAGGUCGCUUCGUACAUGGAGCAGAAAAUCAAAGACGAUAAGUUUUACAUCAUUUGUCCGGACAACGACGUCAACGAGGAGACGGACAAAAAGCGCAUGCUCUGGACCGUCGGAGACAUAGUAAACGAGCGGCCGCCGCUUACAAGGUGGCGAGACGAGUACAAGAAGGAAGCGGAGGAGUGGAUGGCGAAGCAGGAUGUUUAG